GGGGUGCUCAGUCCUCUGAUGCGCCGACGGAAAAGACGAGCACGCUGACACAGUCACUCGCAGAAAAGAGAAGCUUGGACUACACCCCCCCCCGACCCCCCCGCUUUUUUUCUGGAGGAUGCGUUUUGCGUUGAUGCGUAUUUGCGCAUGAGCCGGCGUGAUCCAGUCAAAGCUUGGGAAGCAACAGCCGGCACAUUCUUUGGAGUUCAUUUCGCACGAUGCGCGCGUUGAGUCUGCGGCAACCCGCGGCGAGCUUCGGCUGACCCCGAGGACUGCGGCACCAUGCACGACGCGGACGUGGCGUGCGCCGCGUUGCUGCUGGUUAUCAUCGCGGUGUCGCUGCUGUCCAACCUUCUGGUGCUGAUCUGCUUCGUGCACAACGCGGAGAUCCGCAAGGAAGUCCCCGCUCUCUUCAUCCUCAACUUGACCUUCUGCAACCUGUUGCAGAGCGUCUCCAACAUGCCCCUCACCCUCGCGGGGCUCCUCACAUCCGGCCGGCAGCAGCGCGGAGGAGGGGCUCUGUGCCAGACGGUGGGCUUCCUGGACACCUUCCUCACCACCAACUCCAUGCUGACCAUGGCGGCGCUCAGCAUCGACCGAUGGGUGGCGGUGGUCUUCCCGCUUAGUUAUCACUCCAGGGUGCGGCGCCGGGACGCGGCGGCGGCGGUGGGCUACACGUGGGCGCACUCGCUGUGUUUCUCCGCCGCCGCCUCCUGCCGCUCGUGGGUGGGCUACCACCAGCUGUACGCGUCGUGCACCCUACGCGGCGCCAGGGUCAAGGGGGGCGGAGCGCACUUCUUGGUUUUCACCGUGGCCCUGCACGCGCUGAGCUUUCUGCUCGCGCUGGUGGCCAUGUGCGUGACCUACUUGAAAGUGCUCCGGGUGGCGAGGUUCCACUGCAAGCGCAUCGACGUCAUCACCAUGCAGACGCUGCUGCUGCUCGUCGACAUUCAUCCCAGUGUUCGCCAGAAGUGCCUGGACGAGCAGAAGCAAAGGAGGCAGCGCUCCACCAACAAGAUCAGCACGUUCAUCGGCACCUUUGUGCUCUGUUUCACCCCGUACGUCAUCACCAGAUUGGUCGAGCUCUUCUCCCCGGAGCACAUCAACGCACACUGGGGGGCGCUGUCCAAAUGUUUGGUGUACGGCAAAGCGGCCAGCGACCCCUUCGUCUAUUCGCUGCUCCGCCACCAGUACAGGAAAACCUGCGGCCUCCUGGCUCGCAAGAUCCUCGGCAGGAGCCAGCGGGAAUCCUUCUCCGCCGUUUUGAAGGCCAACGCCAGGAGGAAUCAGGACGACCAGCUCAAUGCCAACGCGACUAAUGAUCACUGCCAAGCGCCCGGCAGCAAAUCAUCUCUUGGCUAGUGAAGCAGAGACCAUGAUUGUAUUUUUCUCCCUCCUGGAAAUGUCUUGAUGUUUGGUUUCAAUGAAGCUGUGGUGGUAAAUUCCAUGAGACAUACCACAAUUCACACCUUCGUUUUCACCAAAAGGACAAAUUGGAGUCAUCGGUGAACCUGCAUGUUUGUGGAAUGUGGGAGAAAGCUGAAGUACUCGGAGCGAAGCGCGUGACAACAAUACAUGCUACCGUUAGCGUAACCCGCUGCUUUCAACCUGGGGUCACAAAUCUUUUUGAAAAUGAGCGCCAAGGUUUUUACCAGGUAGAUUACACAUUCCAGAAACAACCAAUCAGCAACAACCCAUCUGGGGCUUGAACACAAAACACUCAGAUUAGGACCCCUCAUGUUCUAUUGACUGAGUUCACCCGGAUUGUGCUCCAGGAAGUACGUUUUCAAACCUGGUGUGGAUUGAAGGAUACAUCUAUUUUGACAUGGAGGAAAAUUAUUCCUCAACAGGGUUGCAUAUCCAACAUAGGUGUCAAAGUGUAACGCUCGACCGAGUCAGUUAACCAGGCUUUGCAUACAUGCUAAUGUUAUCACCAGACAAAAUACACCACAAGUGAACCUGAUGCCCAAUGUGGGGCUCGAACCCACGACCCUGAGAUUAAGAGUCUCAUGCUCUACCGACUGAGCUAACCAGGCUGAAGAGCACACGCCCUGAGUUUCUUUUGAUAAAAUAAAAAGUGCAUCCAAAGCUUACAAGAGUGGUGCAGAGUCUAGGAUACGCCAAACAUCAGGCAAAACAUUCCUACACAGAAGCUCACACCCAAGGUGGAGUUCGA